AUGCUGCAAGGAAGGAUUAAAAAGUUUAAGGUCCCAGUUGACAACAGUAUUGAUAAUUUUAUAAAAGAUAUAAAUAUAAAGAAGAAUGAAUAUAUAUAUGCAUGUGAUUUAGUCGAUGAUGAUAAUAUAAAUUUGACAGGUGAGAGUGUGAUAAGUUUAUUUGAUUACAUAAAUGAGAGUUAUAGUAAUGUAUUAUUAUUAUUAUGUCAAGAAGGUUUUGAUAGUAUAUUAAAUUAUAUGCGUGGAUAUAAUAAUUUAAGUGAUACAGAUAAUGAGAAGAUAUUUGGAUGUUUAACUAUAUUAAUUGAAAAAGGUGUGGAUAUAUUUAAGAAUUAUUAUAAGUGUUUAGAGAAGUGUAAUAAGAAAGAUGAAUUUUAUAAUGAUGCUGAAAAGAUGGAUAUAAUAAUAAAUGAAAAUAAUAGUAUUAUGAAUAUGAUAAUAGAAUGUUUAGAAUCUAAUUAUAAAGAAUAUUGUAUAAAUGAAAAGAAAAGGAAAUUAUCAUAUUUUGAAAUUAAAGAAAUAAUAAUAUCAUUUUUUAAUGCUUUAACAUUUAUAUAUAUAAAUAUAUUUAAUUCAUAUUUUAAUUCAAAUUUUUCAAAACAACCGAAUAAUGAGAUUAUAAUAAAUGUUCAAAGAGGUAGAAAAAAACAGAAAAGAGAUAAUGAUGAAGAGAAUAAUAUACCUUUAAAAAAUAUAAAUAGUUUAUUAAAUAAUAUUAUUUUAUUAGUUAGUAAUAUCAAUUUUGAUUUAUUAUAUGAUAAUAUAAAUAUAUCUAUCUUAGAUAUAUAUUUACAUUUUUUUUUAAACCUAUAUACAUUAAGUCAAGAGAAUGCAACAGCAUUUAAUAUGAACAGUAUGUAUCAUGAGGAGGUAUCUAUUAUUAUAGGGAAUCUAUUAAAAUUGUAUAUAAAGAAGGAUGACAAAAAGUUUAUUGAAUCUACUGAGAAGACUGUUAAAAUGCCUAGUAAUAUUUUAAAUCAUAUGGGAUAUAAUAAGGAAACAAAUAAGGUUGUUGAUAAUAAGAAAAAGAGGAAAAAGAGUAAACAUAUGGAUGACGAUGAACAUGAUGAUGAUGAUGAUUAUAAUAGUGACAUGUCUGUUGAUGAUGACAAUAAUAAUGAUAAUAAUAAAAACAAUACUGAGAAUGAUAAUAAAACAACCGAAAAAGAUAAUUGUAAUAAUAAAAAGAGAGAAGAGACGGAGGAUGAGAACUUUUAUUCUUUUUCUUUUUCUUACAUAUUUUUAAAUGUAUGUAAGAAAUGUAAUAAUAUAAAUAUAUGUGAUUGUAUAUUAAGAGUAAAGAAUACUGAGAUUCCUAAGGUUAUAAUGAAAGAGUUUAUAGAUCAUAUAAAAGAGAAUUCGAUAGUAUAUUUAAAUUUGAGUGUUCAAACACACAUGCAGAAUGAAAUUUUAAAUAUAUUAAAUUGUUUGGAAUAUUUUUCAAAAAAUUUAAGUGUGCAUUUAAUAUAUUAUUUGAAAGAUAUAACGGAUAUGUUAGGUAUAGACAUUUAUUAUAUAAGGAAAUCUAUAUUUGAGAUUUUUAAAAAUUUUAUAAUUUUAUCUAAGGGUAGUGAAGAAAUGAAACUAAAUAAUGUUAAGGAUUCUGAACAUACAACAAAUGAUAGGAAGAAUGAAAAAAAGGGUAAAAAAUAUUUUAAUAAGAUUACUGCAAAUGAUGAUGAAAGGAAAUAUUCUCUAAAAGGUAAUAGUAGUUAUAAUGAUAGUGAUAAAAAUAUUAAUAAUGAUGAAAAUAUUGAUAGUGAUGAAAGUAUUUAUAGUGAUGAAAGUAUUUAUAGUGAUGAAAAUAGUUGUAGUGAUGAUGAUACUGAUUUUUUUAGUGACGCAAAUGUAAAUGAUAAUUGUUCUAAUAAAAAGGGAGACAAAUCAAAGAAAAAAAAUAAUAAUAAGAGUAAUAUUUCUAAGAAAGAAAUGUCAAAAGAAGAUGGAAAAAAAAAAAAAAAAAAAAAAAAAAAAAAAAAAUAUACGGAUGAUUUAUUAAAAUCAUCUUCUUUACAUAUCAAUGAGAAUAGUAUAAAUACAUAUAAAGAUAUAAUAAAUAAAUUAGUAUUGGAUGAUUUAUAUUUUUUACAAUCAUGUUUUGAGGAAUGCUUAAAGAAGCGAUCUUAUAUAAUGAAUACAUUAAUAUGUAGACAAUAUGAUUCAAAAUUACAUGUGCGUUGUUAUUUGUUGAAAAUAUUUCAUGAAUUAAUUGAGAAUAAUUAUAUUCCUUUAAAUUAUUAUAAUAAUAUAUGUUUGAUAUGUAGUGAGCGAAUAAAUGACAAAUCUCCUUUAGUAAGACAGAGAGCAUUUUCUUUAUUAUCUUGUAUAGCAAAUGAUGUGGUAAAAACGAAAUAUAUGAUACCUUUAGACACGAAUAGAAUAAAUAAGGAUUUAUGUCAUUUGAAUAAAAGAAGGGAUUUAUUAAAUAAGAAUGAGUCUUCAAAGGUUAAUAUAAAUGGAAGUGUUAAUAUAAAGAAAGAGAUGGAUGACGAUAGAAUAAGAAAUAUAAGAAGGAAAAAGAGGAUUAAUUUAUCUGAUAGUGAUGACAGCAACAGUGAUGAUAUGGAUGAAUGUAUUGAAAAUAAGAAGAAUGAUAAUAAUAUACAUAAUAAUAAUAAUAAUAAUAAAAAAAUAAUUUUAGAUGGUUUAAAUCUUAGGUUUGAUUUGAAAAAUAAAAAUGAUAUUAUGAAUGGAGGUGGAUGUUCCGAUUGUAGUUUGAAAGGUGAUAGAGAAAAUGAGGAUGAUAAAAUGAAAUAUGCAAAUCAAUUAGAUCUUUUGAUAAGGAUGUAUACUGAAGUUUUGUUUAUAUCACUGAUUGUUGAUGAAUGUGUUGAUUUAUGUUUUAAGUUGUUAUAUUCUACUAUUGAAACGGAUCAGAAGAGUGCUAUAAGAUUUAUAAUUUUAGCUCAUAUAUGUGGAAAUAAUAAAGCAGGAGAUGAUAUGAAUAAGGUAUGGUCUUUAAUAUUUAGUAAUAAUAAUAUUAUAGUAGAAAUAAUAAUAAAUGAAUUUGUAAAUGUAAAUAUAUCAAGUGAUGAUUAUCGAAUGAGUGCUUUUAGAUUAAUUAAUGUGAUUUUGAAUAGUAAAUUAAAAGAUAUAUCAUGUAUAGAGAAGAUAAUUGAAUGUUUAUUGAUUCAAGAGAAGGGUAGCCCAAUAAGUGUGGGUAAAUUAUUGGAUGAAUUAUUUAACAUUUUAUUUGUUGAUAAAUUUAGUGAUAAUAAGAAUAUGAUAAUAAAAGAGGGUGCAUUGAUACUUAUGAGAAUAUUAUGUUAUUCAAUAUAUAGUGUAAAUAUAAAGAAAGGAAAAAAGGAUCAAUACUUUUUAUUUACAAAUAAGAAGAAGCAUUUGAUAUUAUUAUUUAUAAAUGAGUAUAAGGAUAAUUUGCAUUUUAUGAAUUUAUUGAUAUUAAUAUUAAAGUAUAAUAAGACGAAUAAGAUAAUACAGAGUUUAUUGAUAAUAUUAUUUAAUUUAAUAUUUGACAAGAUGAUUAGUGGUGAUGAUUCAGAGGAUGAUAUAUAUAAAAGAGGAGAGAAAAAAUUGAAUAAUGUAAUGGGCAAUAUAUAUGAUAUGGAUAAUAAUAAGAAUAAUAAAUAUAUAGAAAUGAAUGUUUGUUCUAUGAAUUUAAAUGGAAAUUUAAAAGAAGAGUGUUUAUAUGAAUAUAGAAAUAUGUGGUUUAAAUGUUGUCAAUCUAUAGUUGAAAGUAUGUAUUUUCAUUUUGAUGAUUUUCUUUUAAUAUUUACAACAAAGAUAAAGAAUAUGUUACAUUUUAUGUUGAAUAAUAAUAUGUGUAAAUCUCAAAAUACAUUUUUAAAUAAAGAGAUAAGUAUAGAAAAUAAUAAAAAGGUUUCCUGUUUGACGUUGUCAAAAUUUAUUUUUUUAUGUGGUCAUUUAGGAUUGUAUACAUAUAUAUAUGCUGAAAAGAUUCAGAACAAAUUAAAAAAGAUUGUUUCUAAAAAUGAGAAUAAUUAUGGCAUGUGUACUAGAGAAGAAAAUGAUAGAGAGUAUUUUGAUUAUGUUGUUGAGCAUAUGAUUGUAUGUAAUAAUUUAUUGGGUAAGAAAGUUAUGCCUUUAAUAUUUUUUAUAAUAAAUAAUCCUAAAGAAUUCUUUAAAGAAUGUAUUAUAAAUGAUGAUGAAAUGAAUAAUUCUUAUAAUAAAGAAGAAAUUAUAUCUAAGGAGGAUGAUUCAUUGUAUAUGAACUAUGAGAUAUAUUUAUUGAUACUAGUAUGUUUAUUGACCUUAUGUAAGUUUUCAAUUAUAUCUCAAACGUUUUGUCAAAAGAUUAUGUCUAAUAAUAUGUCUAUAAUUAAGUUGAUCGUUUCUAUAAUAACAGAGGAAGAAAACCAGUUGUUCUUUAGAAAUGGAGAUGUUCAUAAUGGUUCAGAUGAAGUAGAAAAGGAGAAGGAAAAGGAAAAGGAAAAGGAAAAAAAUAUUUUAAGUUUGUGUGAUGAUAUAAAUAAAAGUGAUAAUAUAAAUUAUGAUAAUAUAAAUUAUGAUAAUAUAAAUUAUGAUAAUAUAAAUUAUGAUAAUAUAAAAUGUGAUAAUAUAAAAUAUGAUAAUAUAAAAUAUGAUAAUAUAAAGGGGGAUGAUAACAUGUAUUGUAAUAAUAUGCCACAUUUAAAUUUUAAAUCUGUCAAAUAUGAAAAUUUCAAAGAUUGCAUCAUGUAUAAAACCAUAUCUAAUAUAAGAAAAAUGUUACUUAUUAGUUAUGCAGAUUUAUUAUAUCGUCAUCCAAAUUUGUUAGAGCCAUACAAUAAAUAUAUUUUCAAAGUAUUGAAUGAUGACGAUAUAAAUAUGAGAAGAACAGCUGUAUCGGUGUUUACUCAUUUAUUUAUGACAGAUACUGUUAAGGCAAAGAGUAUAUUACUUAUACACAUGAUGUAUUUAACUAUAGAUAAUGAUGAUAAAAUAUCUAGUGGAUCAAAAUCUUUUUUUUAUGAACUAGAUAGGAAAUCUCCAAUAACACUUGUUAAUAAUAUAUGUGAUAUGAUAUCAGUUCUAGCUCGAAAUGAUAGAAAGUUAGAAUAUGAGAUGAAUAAGAAAAUAUUAUUAUUCUUAUUAACCUUUUUAAAGAAAAGUAAAUAUAAUGAAACGCUGGUCGAAAAAAUUUUUAAAAAAAUGAAAGAAGUAAAUAUUAAUAGAACUGAUGAUUUACAAUUAUAUAUGCAGGUGUUUUUAAAUAUACAUAUUGAUGAAAAAAUAUUAGCAAAAAUAAAUAAAUGCUUUCCUUUGAUACGAUAUAUAAUUCGAGAAAAUGAAUAUGUCCAUGAUAAUUUUGUACUCAUAUGUAAAAAGGCUGCUGAGAAAAAAAGAGGAAGACCAACAGAAGAGGGACAACAACAAAAUAAUACAAAUAGUAGUAAUAAUAAUGAUAAUAAUAAUAGUAAUAAUAAUGAUAAGGUGGAGACUGAAAAAAAUGAGAAUAAAAUGAGAGAGCUAGCUGAGGACCUACUCGGAAAAAUAGAAUCCACGACAAAUAAGACAAGGCACAUGUUUAGUUUUGAAAGUGAGAUAAAGUCGAUUAGCAAUGAGGAGAAAAGGUAA